AAAUGGCUUCCGCCUUUCGGUUCGGAGGUGAACCAGCGUUGGAUCACAGUUCCGUUUCACCUCUUCGACAGUCCACCCUCCGUUUAGAAGCACAGUGCCAUUUUCCACUACAGCAAUCUUUAACCGAGUAUUUAAUCAUUUUAUUAAACAAAUCGUGCGUGCCAUGAGUUUAUCAAUUAUCGCUUGCAUAAAACCCUCUUCAUCAACUAAUCGUGGAAGGUGUUGCCUUAAAUAAUUGAUUUAAGUGGAGAACAAGUUAUCCGAACGAAAGAAAUGAAGAAUUUAUUCGAUGAAGAAUGAAGAAGUUCGACGAAUUGUUUGAGACCGGUGGAGGAAUUUUGAUGUAGAGAUUAUGAUUGUUCAGGGAGGACUCUGAUAAGUGUCUGAACAAACCUGGACACGUGUCCUGGCCCUCCUGCUGACACGUGCCCCUGUUUAGAAGUAUUUUCGUAGCACGCGUCGAGGCCACGUGUCGCCUCGAUGCUAUCAGAAUCCGUAGAACGUGAUUCAGACUGGUUGCACAGGAAUCUCGUCGAGAUUUCAACUAAACGUUCGCCUAAUCUCGAAGAGAGAAGAAUCAAAGUUCUUUAAGAGAAAUAAUUAUUUUCCAAUCGGAUUUCAUUUAUUAAACGAAGGAUUAUGAGAAGCCAAGUGCGCUUUUCUGAUGCGAUUCAGAAAUAAUUCAAUUAUACAGAAAUUUGAAGAGAUUCAGAAAUGGAAAUUAGAGACGGGCUGAAUUUUUCAACAAUGAGAUAAACCAGGCGAAUAUCAUUUGAACUAGUCAACGAAUCUAGUCACUGUUAUUAUUUAUAAUUUCUACUUAAGAAGCGGGCAAAGAAUUUGUCAAGAUGUAUUCUAUGGACAAUCUCGAGCUAGAUAUGAUGAACCGGCAGUACAUGUACGAGGCGCACAGUUUUCUUGGCAAUCCAGCGAUCUCGGCAUUGCCAUCGCAUUGCGGUGCAGCCACCGCAGCUACUCUUCCUUCGAUCCCUUCACAACUGGCCACGCAUCCUCCGGGGAGCACCGGUAGCACCAGUGGAAGCGAGAUUUACCUGUAUGAUGAGAAUAGCAGCGACAGCGAGAGUGCUUAUGGCAGUGAUCAGGAGAAUCACGCCAGGGAACGUCAGAGCAGUAGAAGAAACGGUGGCUCGGUUAAAAGUCCGCGACAAGCGGUGCAGCAGAGGCAAGCCGCGAAUAUGAGGGAGAGGCGACGUAUGCAGAACAUAAACGACGCGUUCGAAGGCCUCAGGGCGCACAUACCUACUCUUCCUUACGAGAAGAGGCUUUCAAAAGUGGACACGUUGAAACUGGCGAUCGGAUAUAUUAAGUUCCUCAACGAAUUGGUCAGAGCAGACAAGGGCAACGAUCCUUUAUCUGGAAACGGUGGCUUGUCGCGGUGCUCCGGACGCGACGACACCAAGAAGGUCAUAGUUCGUGGCAGCGAGGGGAACCCUUUCAUUUUCCAUUCCCUGUCCUGGUCGAGGAAGUCGGACAUAUCACCGAACGGGACGAUGUACGCGAAAGUGUGGACGCCGGAGGAUCCCCGGACCUCGAAGAACGGGUCCAGCUUCGAGUAAAGUGCUCAGAUCCUGAAUCGUGUUAUUUAGUAUUUAAGAAGCGAACACAGUUUCUAGUCAUUUUUCAAUUGUCAAUCAUCCUAAACGAGAGUUCCCUUCAUUUCUCUAGUCCGCUAAGCUAUUUAAUUUACAUAUACAUUUGUCCUACGAACGGAUAGUAUUACGUGGUGUUUAAUAUAAUUCCUGUGGAACGUGAGUUCUAUAUUAUUUACGUCCGAUCGAAACUCCGUUGGUUUCUAAAAAUUCUUUUGAUAAGAUUGUUACGAUUGUACAUAUAGAACGCGCAAAGUAUAAUGUAUAAUGUAAGUAGAUAUCGUUUGUACGUGAAACAGACCGUCCUGGUCAAGCCAAAUAAACUAGU